AUGUCACUGAGAAAGCAAGACGCAUCCACCUUCUCCGACAAGCUACCGUCGGCCAAGCAACGCUUCUCCUCGCCGGCAACGGCUUGUCCUUCCUUUAGAAUUUACUACUACGACGGAGCCGCCGGUUCCAUCCCUUUUGAAUGGGAGUCUCACCCAGGCACUCCGAAGCACCCCUCCUCCGAUCUGCCUCCGCUACCGCCUCUCACUCCUCCGCCGUCUCAUUUCUCCUUCUCCGGCGACCAAAUCCGACGUGGUUCAAAGAAACCCAUCAAGAAGUUACUCGCACUAAUCCCCACCAUGCUCUUCUGGUUAUCAUCAGGUGGUCAUAAUAAUAACAAGGUCAAGAAACUGUCGGCUUCGUCACCGUCUGUGUCGGAGAGGGUGCUCAUCGAUGACAAUGAGUACCAUCUGUUCAAGUUUCAGACAAAAAGGAAGGUCAUGCGAAGAUUUUCAUCCUUUGACUCUUCUGCUACUUCUAUUGACUACCCCAUUCGCCGAUCACAGUCCACCUCUUGCUUCGGAAGUCGCAGAUGUUUCAUCUGGUAA